AUGAAGGUCAUCAUCCUAGCUGUCUCCUGCCUGCUGGCUGUCUCCGGCGCCCUCGCAGCCGACACCUGCUACCAGGAUGUCUCCCUGGACUGCGGACAGGCCUCCAACAGCCUUGCCUUUAGACGAAAUUCGCUUCCGAGAUGUAACGCGGUCUAUGGUGAAUACGGGAGACAUGGCAACGUCGCGACGGAGCUCCAGGCUUACGCCAAUUUGCAUCUAGAGAGAUCUUAUGAAUACCUCCUGUCUGCUGCCUACUUCAACAAUUAUCAGACCAACAGGGCUGGGUUCAGCAAGCUGUUCAAGAAACUCUCUGAUGAAGCUUGGGAGAAGACCAUUGAUAUCAUCAAGCAUGUUACCAUGAGGGGUGACGAAAUGAACUUCGACCAGCGUAGCACCAUGAAGGUAGAACGCAAGAACUACACCGUGGAGCUUCAUGAGCUGGAGGCCUUGGCCAAGGCGCUGGACACCCAGAAGGAGAUCGCUGAACGCGCCUUCUACAUCCAUCGUGAGGCUACCAGGAACAGCCAGCACUUGCAUGACCCUGAGGUCGCUCAGUACCUCGAGGAGGAGUUCAUUGAAGACCAGUCCAAGAAGAUCAGAGAGCUUGCAGGUCACACCACAGACCUUAAGAAGUUCAUCACAUCCAACCAUGGACAAGACCUGUCUCUUGCCCUGUACCUCUUCGACGAAUACCUGCAGAAGGUCGCCUAA